AUGCAACUUCAAAAUAUAAGCAGACUAAGAUUAUCAAAGAAAGAUGUUUAAGAUGAUUUUUAGAAUCCCAUUAAUAUAACUAUCAAAGAAGAUGAUAUCCAUGUGCAUGAGGAAGAUUUAUAAACUAGGACUAUAGAAAAAUCAACUAUCGUCAACAAUAAUAAUAAUAAUAAUCUUGUAAAGUAGAAUCAUCCACUGUAAAAUCAUCCUAUGUAUGCCUCAAAUGAGAGAUUGAUUUAAGAUGACGAUCUUGGUAUAUUGUUAAAUGAAAAUAUCAGACUUAAAUCUAAAGUUUUACUCUUUGUGGAUAAACUCGAGAGAUUUAUAAACAAAACCUAAUAUAUCAAAAUGCAAAGAAGACAGGAUCAACUUGGUUUAAAGAAUCCUAAGAAUGAGAUUUUAGUUUAAAAAUCGAAAGAACUUGACAGUAUCAUACAUAGAACAAAAGAACUUAAGAAACAAGUGGGCUAAAUCAAGGAUUAUUUUUAAAACGACUAAAAUCUAUAUGACCGAAUGAUUUAGGGUGAGGAUUAAGUUAAAUCUUAGACUAAGUCAUUAUAUGAUUUACAAUUAGAGAAUUAGUCAUUGCGGAAAAUUUAUGAAGAUUAGCUUGAUGUUCUUGAUAACACAAAGUAAAAAAAGGAAAAAUUUCAUGAGAAAGAUAGACUGAAAAAAGAAAUUAAUGAACUUACCUAGAGAAUCAAAGAAUAAAAAGAUAGAUUGCAAUUAAAGGAGAGGAAUGUUCAAAAUAUGCAUGAAAACAUCAUUGGAUAUGAAACUAGAUGCAGAUAAAUGGUAGAGAUAGUAAGAGAACAUAAGAUCAAACUUAAAGAUAAAGAAAGCACAAGAGACCCAAAAGAUUUGAAGAUUUAAACAGAAAUUGUAACUGAAGAAGAUUUGGAGAGACUAGUAUUUGAGGAGGAAAGACUAGAAUUAGAAAAAUAAAAGAGAUUAGAUAGAUACCAACUAAAGAUGAAGAAUCAUGAUUUAGCUCGAGUAAGCCUUGAGGAUGAGAUUAUAUCAAUCCAGUAAAAAAUAAGAGAAAAGCAGCAAGAAUUCAAGCUAAUUGAGCAUCGGAAAAGAGAAUUCAAUAUUGCUAAAAGCCAGAAUCGUCAUCAAUCAUUAUUUGAUGUCAAUAACCUCAAAUUAUACAACCCUAAUAACCUUCCAACUAACUAGAUUAGAUCAGUUUAAUAAUCACCUAUGGAAAGAAACUCUCAUAAAUUUUUACCAGUAAGAUCAUCUAUUGAAAAUUAUCAAAACUAAUUUAAAAAGCUAGGGGUGAAGAGAGAUAAUAAUCUAUCGCCUACAUUAAUUAGUCCUAAUAACCUUGGACUUGGCUUAAAUCAGUAAAAUAUAUCAUCUAGUCUUGCCAAGCCUUCAAUCUAUUUUACAUCAAGAGGUUAAUAAGAACAUAGUUAAAAUUAGAGAUAUUUCAACAUGAAUCUUCUCAGAAACAAAAAUGCAAAAAAUAACGAUUUUGGCAAAAUAUCCAAUAAUGCAAACUAUGUAAAAAAGCAGUAAUAAAUCUCUAGAUCUAAAGUAGCAUAAAGUAAUGUCAAUCCUAGAUUUAACGGAAUAAAUUUAUCGUAUGACAGACAAACUUCCAGAGAGUAUUAAAAAUCAGAGAUCGGUGAUGUUUAAAAGAUAAGUUUAAAUCUUGAAAACUUAAAGAUUAAAUAUGGAGGAAAAGAUAGAAAGGUUUAGAGUGAUAUAGUUGGAUCAAAUAAUGGUAAUUCGAUCAAUCAAAGCAGUUUUAGAAAAAAGGUGGUGGUGGGUAACAGUCCUAACAGAGGUAAAACUAAUAGGACUGUUUUGCUAUGA